AUGUGCUUUGGUAAAGUAUUUGUAACACUGCUUACACUUCCGUGGCUUAAUAAUGCCAUGAACAGACAUGAAAUCAAACUGUUUAGUGGUAACAAUACUGUCCUUAUCCUGUACAAGACUCCACCAGACAGACCUCACCAUCAGCUGUCGAGAGUCCUAGAGCACAUCCAGCAAGAGGUGGCUCAACACGCCUCAACCUGCACACCUGGAGAAACAGGCAUAUGCAUUAUAACAACUCAGUGUAAUAAAAUAGAAGCACUGUCACCGAGUACAUCUCAAAAUGGAAUGGAGAAUAAUGCUACUUGUUCAUGGCUCAAGUAUGAUGAAGAAAUUCAACAUGACAUUUUACAGCACACUGUCAUCAACAAACCCUCAUCAGUAAAAGUUUGGGGAUUUGGUCUUUGUUCUGUUGCACUCAUCAGUUUGUCAGGAUUGUUUGGAGGUCUCUUCUGGCCACUAAUCAAUUCCAAGUUUUACAACCAGAUGAUGCGAAUUCUCAUUGGUCUUGCUGUUGGUUCUCUAUCAGCAACAUCAACAUUUCAACUGAUUCCUGAGGGUUUUGAAAUAAAAGACAAAAAUUAUCUCAGCACAGCUGUGAUCAUGUGGGGGAGUUUAUGGACAUUCUACAUGUUUGAAGUUCUGACGAAGAUUGUGUUCCAUAAAGGAGAAGUAGGAGACUACAAAAAUGACCACAGUGAAACAGUACCAAUCCACAGAAUUACACACACCGAGGAAAGUCAGAAUGAGGACGAAGUGCAUUCAAUUUCUACCACACACUAUACAUCAGUCACAAAGCCUAGUAAUAAACAUGCUAAGAACCAUGAAAGUCCUACCUCCAAGGCCACAGUGGCAUACAUGAUAAUAUUUGGUGAUGCUCUACACAACUUCAUUGAUGGCAUGUCUAUUGGUGCAGGAUAUUCCAAAGAUCUGAACGCAGGCCUUAGCAUCAGCAUUGCUAUAGCAUGUGAAGAGUUUCCACACGAACUAGGGGAUUUUGCAAUUUUAAUCAACUCUGGAAUGCCACUGAAGAAAGCCUUGCUAUACAACUUCCUCUCAGCAUGUACUGCAUUUGGUGGACUAAUACUUGGUAUUAUGAUAAGGGACUUGGAGACAAGUGUGUACGUAUUUGCCUUUGCUGGUGGUCUCUUCCUGUAUGUGUCGCUUGCAGACAUGAUGCCUGAGUUGAACAAAAUGGUAGAAGAAGAACUUAAGAAUAGUAAGGCAUCUGCUUUAGUGGUUCUGCUUCUACAAAAUACUGGCAUAUUCAUUGGAGUCUCUAUACUGUACCUCAUUACGAAAUACCCUGUAACGAUAUCAUGA